AUGGAUAGCUCGAACGAGAUCCUCAAACACAUCCUCAAGAACAGCAUUCAAUCCCCUACACCCUUAACUUAUUCAUUUCUUGCCCCUAACGCCAAGGGCCUGACGAAUGCUUCGACAAUCCUUAGCCAGCAUCCCGAUGCCUAUGCUACUGAGACGAUGGCUAAAGUCGACCUGUCUCCGACGAGGAAGCCUGAAAUAGAAAUCGCAGUAUUUGCAGCAGCAACGGAGUCAUUUUCACAGAAGAACCUGAACUGCGAUAUCGCGACAUCAUUACAGAGAUUUAAGGAGGUCAUACAAGGGGCCAAGAAUGCGGACCUGCGAGUCCGCGCCUACAUUUCGGUAGUCCUCGGCUGCCCGUUCGAGGGGUACAAUGUCGACCCGCAUAAGGUUGCGGAAAUCGCGACGGACAUGCUCGAGAUGGGAGCUGACGAAAUCGCUCUGGGAGACACUACAGGCAUGGGUACAGCGCCCCGGACGAAAGAGCUUCUGAAGUGUAUGACGGCUGCAGGAAUCAGGAACGAGGAUAUAGCGAUGCACUUUCACGAUACGUAUGGCCAGGCGCUCGUCAAUACAGCUGUAUCGCUGGAGCACGGAAUUCGCACCUUCGAUAGUGCGGUCGGAGGGCUCGGCGGCUGCCCUUACAGCCCAGGCGCGACUGGAAACGUGGCUACUGAAAAUAUGGUCUACUUCUUGGAGAGUCUGGGAAUGGACACCGGAGUUGAUUUGGACGCGAUGGCUGACAUUGGGUCGUGGAUAACGAAAGAGCUGGAGAAGCAGCACGACAGCAGCGUCGGCAAGGCCGUACUGGGCGCGCGCUCAAGGUUAGAAAGCCAAACAAACUGA